AAUAAACCCCUUCAUUUCAGCUUACAUAUGCCAGUCAAGUAGACAUGAGUAUUGCAGUGGCCACACCCACAGGCCUCAUUACUCCCAUCGUUCGUGGUGCAGAUGUGUUAGGUAUUGAGGAGAUUGCAAGCCAAGUACGUGAUCUAGCAACCAGAGCGAGAGAGAAUAAACUGAAGCUGGACGAAUUCCAAGGUGGAACUUUUACGAUCUCCAACUUGGGUAUGUUUGGAAUAAGCGAGUUCAGUGCGAUUAUCAACCCUCCACAAUGUGGCAUUUUGGCUGUGGGUUCUGGGAUUGUAAAAAUUGAUGAGAAUGGUUCACCCGUCACAUGCAUGAGAGCCACUCUGUCAUAUGACCGUGCUGGCGUGGACGAUGACACAGCCGCUGCCUUCCUUGAAGAGCUCAAAAAUAUUCUUGAAAACCCAGCUAUUAUGAUGCUUGGAGGCUACAAGUCACAAGUGGACCACCCAUUAGCAGCCUUACUAUAGUGAUACUACAGGACCAUCUUGAUCUAUUCAAAAUUUUAUCAUUUUCAUCAUGUAUAAUUUAUUUAUGUGAUUUAGUUUUUUAGACUAGCAAGGCUGGAUUAUGAGGGAAAUUUUUUUUGAUUUUAUGAAAUCUAUUUAUAGUAUAGCCAAAGAUAUUUGGUGUAUAUUGUGCAGUUUUACUGUUGUAGAACUAUAAAAAAGGAAAAUUGCUAUGUAUUUAAAUAUAUAAUUUAAAAUAUAAGCACCUUACUAGGAAAUGGUGACUUGGAACAGAAUAAAGUAUUGGGAUAUACAAAGUUAUGGUGCAAAUUUUCAAACAGAUUAUAUAUUAUUUGUAAAUAAAAUAGUGAUAUUUGCUCAGUUACGAAAAUUUGAUUUAAGUAACCAUAAUACUUUGUCGAUUAAUACAAGCUUAUAUGUUUUAAUGAAGAGAAUAGAUCCUGGUGUUAUCAGCAAUAACAGGAUUUCAGAUCAUAAUGGGAACUGGAACAACAUAAAGCAUUUAUACUGUCAGGUUGUUGGAUAUUAGUUGCCAUUUUAGGCAUCUCUUGGAGACUUUCUGUUGUGUAAAUAUUUAUUGUAAAGAAAUGUAAUAAAAGUAUGAAUGUA